UGGAUUAGUAAUUAUAUGGAAUAACAAUAUUUGAAGGCCCAUCCCCAUAUUUAUGUUGUAAAAAUAUGUUAAAUCUAGAUCAAAGUGAGUUAUAAACCCCUAUACCUUUACCCCUAAAUCGAAUUCAAACACGGAGUGGUAUCCCCUUCACACUUUCAGACUCAGUCGCUCCGCCUCCGGUGUACCGUGUAGAUUAUCAUUUCUGGGUUUUCUGGGGUUCACAGGUUGUUCGAUUAUUCUCAUCUCACCAAUUUUCUUAACGUGAUCUGGUUCACAAAUUUGAAGGCUUUUGAUUUGAAACCAAAGAUAUGGAAGACAGUGCGGCCAUGAAUGCAAUCACAGUUGCAAUCCCUAAAACCACACAGGAGCUAGCCGUGGAGGGUCAGAAGCAUCUAGAAGACACCAUAGAGGCCGCUUUCCAGAUCCUCUCCUCCAUGAACGACGAGCUCUGCAAUCCUGCCUUGUGGUCCACUACUUCUGCUUCUUCUGCUUCUGCUUCUUCUCCUCCCUCCUCUGUCAAUGCUCCUUCCUCUUCCCUUUCAAACGGUGUCCUUGCCGUCGUUAAUGGAGAUGCCUCUGCUUCUGAUACCACUGGAGCUCAUCAUCAUGGGGAGCUUGGUGGUGGCGGUGCUGCUGCUGGCGCUGCCGGAGGUGCUCUUGGUGAGGCUCAGUUUCGUUACAAAAAUGCUGUCUCUUCGCUUCGUGCCAUUCUUACUUCAAUUCCCACUUCUCAGACAGGACGGCCAAACGAAUCGGGAUCGACUGCGACUGGUUCACUGUCCCAAGCAGAGCAAUUAGAGAUUGAAAAAUUAGAAGAGAGAUCAUCUAAUCUGAAAAAGGAGCUUGCCAACAAGAAUACUUAUCUCAAAAAUCUCAUUGAUCAGUUAAGAAACCUUAUUACUGACAUUUCUACAUGGCAAAGCCCAUGUUCAGUCUGAGCUCAAGAUGGAUAGAUGAGGUUUCAAGAGUAUAGCUUGAGCUCAUAUUGUAAGCAAUCUCAUGAGGUUCCCUUAAAAACUUUGGCUUCAGCAAUGAUGAGCAGAUUUUUCAACCAAAGCUAGGGGAGAGGAGUUGAUUAUGUUUCAGUGUUGUAUGAAUGUGAAAAUGCUAUGUACAAGUAUAUUUAUUAUGAUUUGUUGGAAUCUUGGAAAUUUUGAGUGAGUUUCAAGUAUUUAUAGUUUAUAUGGAGGAAAAGAGAGAGAUAUAUAUGCACUUCUUAUGUGCUUUGGGUCAAA